AAAAGUUGAAAAGCUAAAAAGGAAACGAAACGAAAAGAGAAGAAAGGGAAGGAAAGGAAAGGAAAUGCCUUCUGUGGCAGUAGUACCAAACUCGCCGAUAUUCUCACCGUCGCAAGUCUCUUCGAUCUUCUACAAAUCGCCGGUGUCUCCGAGAAUCAUCCACGUACAUGGGCCUUCGCCGGCGCUGACCUCGUCGCCGUUAGCCGGUCGGCUUCUUCAGAGGCAGAUAACGGCUCUGAGCAGCUCCAAGAAGGAAGCUUCUCCCGAUAACAUGGGCAUCCCGUCGUGCUCCGGGGCCGUUUUGAAGCGGAAGAGACCGUCGAGGAUCGAUAUUCCGAUCGCGCCCUUGAAUUUCGCCGUGGAUUCGCCCAAGGAGAGAGUGGACGUUGUGGAGGCCGAGGCGGAUGGGUAUUCGGUUUAUUGCAAGAGAGGGAGGAGAGGCGCAAUGGAGGAUCGCUACUCGGCUGUUGUUGACCUUCAAGCAGAGUCUAGACAGGCGUUCUUUGGUGUUUUUGAUGGGCACGGAGGGCCUAAGGCAGCAGAAUUUGCCGCCAAGAACUUGGAAAAGAACAUAGUAAAUCAAUUGAGGAGAGGAAGUGAAGAAGAAAUUGUGGGGGCUGUGAAAGAUGGAUACCUCGCAACAGAUGCCGAUUUUCUAAAAGAGGACACCGGUGGUGGUACAUGCUGUGUCACUGCAUUGAUUAAAAAGGAUAACUUGGUGGUCUCGAAUGCCGGUGAUUGCCGCGCUGUUAUGAGCCGAGGAGGGGUUGCGGAGGCCCUCACUACUGAUCACGGGCCUUUGAGGAAAGACGAGAGGGACAGAAUCGAAACACUGGGUGGUUAUGUUGACUGUUGCAAUGGUGUUUGGCGGAUUCAGGGUUCACUUGCUGUGUCAAGAGGGAUCGGAGAUCGGAAUCUUAAACAAUGGGUGAUAGCUGAACCGGAGACCAAAGUUUUAAGGAUCAAGCGUGAUUGCGAGUUCUUGAUCUUAGGCUCUGAUGGGCUGUGGGACAAGGUUACUAAUCAGGAGGCAGUAGAUAUAGUUCGCCCUUUAUGCAUAGAUGUUGACAAGCCAGAGCCAGUUUCUGCUUGUAAAAAGCUGGUUGACCUAUCAGUAAGAAGAGGCUCUACCGACGAUAUAAGCGUGGUGAUAGUCCAAUUAGGUCAUUUCAUAUCAUAAUUCAGCUCUUUUGGGUGAAUAGAAGUUCAGGUGAAAACAACAGGUGACCUUUCGCUUCUCCUGCAAGUGUUUUUUUGACCAAGAAACUUGCGGCUUAAGAAGCUACAAAACUCCUCCAGGUAAUAGCCCUUGAUGCUGUGGCAAAAUGCCCACGUUAACUUUUCACAAAUGUAAAUGACAACUUUUAAUAGUUUUCUUCCUCACGUGUAGGAAUACUUUGAGAACAGAACAAUGUAUUGCAAUCGUAAUUACCAAAGCAUAUCAAUAUUAGCCUAUUUGAUAUUUCACUACAUUACUUUAUCCCAUCUUUUACUCAAAAUUCUUUUUAAGUUACCCCCAAUUAUAGUUGUUCAGACUUCAAUAAUUUAGCCUAGAGGUCAUGCCAUUGGCCAUAAUAGCUAGUUGUUUUAGUGACCGAGUAAUCUAAUGGGGUUUUCAACGCCCGUGUUACACGGCAAAACUACAAUUUUGACCAUUUUUGUCCCCUUUGUUUUUUUUUUUUUUUUCCUUUUUAAGUCAACCCGUGAAGCACAUGCUUUUCUGUAUUGUUAUUUGGACCAGGCCGGUCUCAUUUGGCAGCUGCCAUGUGAAUUGAGCCCAUUUUUUGUUCGUUUUGGCAUGCGAGACACUUCAAUUUUUGUCUUAUUUCUUCUAGAUGCUUAAUUGGGACCCCACGUUCUAGUUUUUCCAGAUCACGUGGGAUUCAGCUUUGUACCAUCAUUUUCUCAAAUCAAUCUCAGCUUAUCAAACUCCCUUCGGCCAUUCGGAAAGCAAUUGCGUCACUCUCCUUAAAGUAGUACUUACUUCCUAAAUGAAACGUGGUGUCACUUAACAAAAAGUUUAGUGAAGCCUAUAUUGAAUCCUAUAAAGAAAUACAUUUAUCGAUUGAGCUUAGGAGAUGGCAAUAUU